AUGGACACGGAUCCAAUUACGACAUCUUAUACGUCGAUCGUAACUUUUUCUCUGCUGACGCUCGUUGCAGUGUUAAUUGCAGCGUACUAUUACAUCGAAACCUCUCGAGCAGUUCGUUUCAUAAAGAAACUACCAGGUCCACCAUCCAUACCUAUUAUAGGACAUGGAUUAUUACCUCUUACAUGUCCUCCCGAAUUAAUGGUAGAGAAAGCUAUUGAACUUUAUGAAAAGUAUGGAAGUACAGGAGGCGUGUAUUUCGGUACAAAAACAGUAGCCUUUAUAUCAGAUCCACGAGAUAUUGAAAUAAUCUUGAGUAGUUCGACGCAUAUCGACAAAUCCGAGGAAUACAAAUUCUUCAAACCGUGGCUUGGAGACGGUUUGCUGAUCACAAAAGCCGUAACGGUUGAUAUUUUAACGGAAACAGCGAUGGGAGUUAGGAAGGAAAGAAGACAGAAAACCGGAUUUGAAUAUGCCAUGGCAGUAAUGAAAUUGAGCGAUAUUAUACACCGAAGACAUUAUGAUAUAUCACUACGAUUGGACAUGUUUUUCAAAUAUUCGAAGCUUGCCAAAGUUCAGGAGAAACUGCUCAAUAUUGUUCAUACAUUGACAGAACAUGUGAUCAAAGAGAAAGCAAAGGAUGUCGAAGAAAAACUUGUGAAAGAUCAACAAGUAAAAGAAGUGCAAAACGAUCAACCAAUGGAAAAUUUGAAUGUGACCGAAAAUACGAAAAAUGCUAAUAAUAGACCCGCUAAUUAUAUGCAUUACGUAAGAGAUGACCUCGAUGAUAUUGAUGAGAACGACGUAGGUGAGAAAAAGCGACAGGCUUUUCUAGAAAUGAUGUUCGAACUGAAGAAGAAUGGGCAAAUGACUGACGAGGAGAUCUGGGAGGAAGUGAACACCAUCAUGUUUGAAGGUCAUGAUACCACGGCGGCUGGCUCGAGUUUUGCACUUUGUGUCUUAGGAAAUCAUCCAGAUGUUCAGGCUCGUGUGCACGAAGAAUUGGAUACGAUUUUUGGUGAUAGCGACAGACAAUGCACUUUCCAAGAUACUUUAGAGAUGAAAUAUCUCGAGAGAGUUAUUAUGGAAACUUUGAGACUUUUCCCACCGGUACCUUUGAUUGCCAGGCAUCUUAACGAAGAUGUGAAAAUAGUUACGGGCAAUUAUGUUCUUCCGAAGUCUGCCACGGUACUGGUCGUACAAUUUAUGACGCAUCGGUUGGAGAAAUAUUAUCCAAAUCCAACAGUUUUUGAUCCAGACAACUUUUUACCGGAAAGAAUGCAACAAAGACAUUAUUAUGCUUACAUUCCUUUCAGUGCUGGACCGAGGUCUUGCGUGGGACGGAAAUAUGCUAUGUUGAAACUGAAAGUUUUGUUAUCGACGAUACUGAGGAAUUAUCGUAUUGUUUCUGAUACGCCCGACAAAGAUUUCCAACUGCGAGCUGAUAUUAUUUUGAAAAGACAUGAUGGAUUCAAGAUCAAAGUCGAGCCGCGUAAACCAGCAUCGCGUAAAGAUGAAUAACCGGGAAUUAACAAUCCCAUUAUCCGCGCAAACUAUAAUAAUCUAAUCAAAUAUAAAUAUAUAUAUGGAUGUACUUUAGUAAGAAUUUUAUUUUUUAUUUAUUAAUCUUGUUUGAGUAAAU